AUGCAUGUAACACGCCGCAUCGUGUAUGUAGCUUUGAUAUUUUCUAGCGCGUUCUACGUCGCUCUCAGCAGAGAAAGGAAAUGUGAAAAGAUCAAGAUACCUUUGUGUCAAAGUGUUGGCUAUAACUUCACAUACAUGCCAAACAUGUUCAACCACGACACACAGGAAGAAGCGGCGCUUGAAGUUCAUCAAUUCUGGCCGCUAGUCGAGAUCAAGUGUUCGGCAGACCUGAAGCUCUUUCUGUGCUCCAUUUAUGCUCCUAUAUGUCAGCCGAACUUUAGGAAAGAAAUUCCCCCAUGUCGAUCGCUUUGCCAACAAGCAAGGGAAGGUUGUGCGCCUCUUAUGCGCCAGUACGGCUUUUCGUGGCCCAAACGAAUGAGAUGCGAAAACUUUCCUAAAUUUGGAAAUAAGAUAUGUGUAGGAAAAAACGAAAGUACAACAACUCCGACGUCAACAACAGCUAGAACAACAAGUGCACCGAUAUCGGCGAGAGGAGGUGAUUCGGGCAAUCAGGCGGUCAACUGUUGCUCUUGCAGACCGCCGUUUGUGUCAUUAACUGACGAAAAACUUAAACCGAAUUUGCGGGACAUUUCUACAGGGGGUGUCCCACACUGUGUAAUGUCUUGCAAUAAAACGUACUUCUCGCAGGAUCAAGAAAACUUCGCAUCGUUCUGGAUUGGACUGUGGGCUGUCCUGUGUUUUAUCUCUACCCUCGUAACCUCGCUGACGUUUCUUAUCGACAUGCAACGGUUCAGAUAUCCCGAGCGACCGAUCAUUUUUCUGUCCGUCUGCUAUUGCUUUGUGGCUAUAGGUUACAUCAUUCGCUUCAUCGCCGGAUACAAGAACGUGGCAUGCGAUUCUCAAGGCUUGAUGAGAUACGAAACAUCAGGACCGGCCGCAUGUACCAUCGUUUUUCUACUGAUUUAUUUCUUUGGAAUGGCAUCGUCACUGUGGUGGGUCAUAUUGUCCUUCACCUGGUUUCUCUCUGCUGGGAUGAAGUGGUCAACAGAGGCCAUCACCAACUAUUCACAGUACUUUCAUGUGGCCGCAUGGCUUGUUCCAGCGAUACAAACCAUCGCUGUCCUAGCGAUGUCUACAGUAGAUGGAGACCCAGUCAGUGGGAUUUGUUUUGUCGGAAAUCACAACCUUCAGAGCUUGAUCGUUUUUGUUGUAGUACCCCUUCUCGUGUACCUGGUGUUUGGGACGUCCUUUUUAAUAGCGGGUUUCUACUCAUUGGUUCGUAUUCGGAAAGUUUUACGUAUGCAGACUGAUAAACUGAUCAAAACUGAUAAACUUGAAAAGCUAAUGAUUCGCAUCGGAGUCUUCUCUGUCUUAUACACUGUGCCCGCCACUAUUGUUGUGGCUUGUUAUUUUUACGAAUUUGUAAACAGGGAAACCUGGGAGAGAUCCGUGGUGUGUGCGGAUUGCAACAAUGUAAAUCAGGUUCGACCGGACCAUUCGGUGUUUAUUAUCAAGUAUUUCAUGGCGUUGGUUGUCGGCAUCACGUCGGGAUUUUGGAUCUGGUCUGGUAAGACAAUAGAAUCUUGGAAAAGAUUUUGCAAUCGACUACUUGGCAACACACAAGCACGAAGAGAAAAGGGGGAAAGAACUGUAACGGCCACUGUUUGA